UUAUAUAUUCGUUUCGUUAGUCUAUUCACGAUGAAUUAUUAGACCAGACGAUUAUAAAAUAUUUUUGAGUUUUAUUUUAUUUUAUAUCUAAGAAAUAGAUCUGUUUUCAGACUUAGGCUAAAGUGCAAUUUAUAUCUAAUAGGUCUAAUAUGAGUAACUAGUCAUUUCGCAUAGUAAUUUUGCUUGUUUAUAAUACACAAACUUGACACAAAUUAUUAGUUUAUUAUCACGAUAAAAAUGAAUGGUACUAAUUUGGUUAAAUGUGCUAAACGCUGCUUAUCGGGGAGGCUCUUGCCCUUGUAUAGCGUGCAGGGCUCGCGCGGCGCGGCGGCGGCGGCCGAGCGGCGCGGCGCACGGCAGAGCGAUUCCUUCGUGCUGAACCUGUUCCGCGGCCGUUUCGAGACAGCACAAGUGUUCCCCUACCCCGAGCCGCUGUCGGACGACCAGCGCCAGACCUUGCAGGAACUGGUGCCGCCUGUUGAAAAAUUCUUCGAGGAGGUGAACGACCCGGCGAAGAACGAUGCGAACGCGCAGAUCGAGGAGGCCACGCUGUCGGGGCUGUGGGAGCUGGGCGCCUUCGGGCUGCAGGUGCCCGGCGAGCUGGGCGGGCUCGGCCUCAGCAACACGCAGUACGCACGCCUCGUCGAGGUGGUGGGCGCGCACGACCUGGGCGUGGGCAUCACGCUGGGCGCGCACCAGUCCAUCGGCUUCAAGGGCAUCCUGCUGUUCGGCACGGCCGAGCAGAAGGCGCACUACCUGCCGCGCGUCACGGGCGGCGAGUACGCCGCCUUCUGCCUCACCGAGCCCUCCUCGGGCUCCGACGCCGGCUCCAUCAAAACGCGAGCUGUGCUCUCUCCGGACGGCGACCACUUCAUACUUAACGGAUCAAAGAUCUGGAUCAGCAACGGUGGCAUCGCCGAGAUCAUGACGGUGUUCGCGCAGACGCCCAUCGAGAAGGACGGCAAGACUGUCGACAAAGUGACGGCGUUCAUCGUGGAGCGCUCGUUCGGCGGCGUGUCGUCGGGCCCGCCCGAGAACAAGAUGGGCAUCAAGUGCUCCAACACGGCCGAGGUGUACUUCGAGGACGUGCGCGUGCCGACGCGCUGCGUGCUGGGCGGGAUCGGCAACGGCUUCAAGGUGGCCAUGAACAUCCUCAACAACGGCCGCUUCGGCAUGGCGGCCGCGCUGGCCGGCACGCAGCGGGCCGCGCUGCGCCAGGCGGCCGAGCACGCCGCCACGCGCACGCAGUUCGGCAAGCGGCUCGCCGAGUUCGGCGGCGUGCGCGAGAAGCUCGCCGACAUGGCCAUGCUGCAGUACGUCACCGAGUCGCUCGCCUACAUGGUCUCCGGCAACAUGGACGCCGGCUGCCAGGACUACCACCUCGAGGCGGCCAUCUCCAAGGUGUUCGCGUCGGACUCCGCCUGGAAGGUGGUGGACGAGGCGAUCCAGAUUCUCGGUGGCAUGGGCUACAUGAAGGCCACGGGGCUCGAGCGCGUGUUGCGCGACCUGCGCAUCUUCCGCAUCUUCGAGGGCACCAACGACAUCUUGCGGCUCUUCGUCGCGUUGACCGGCAUCCAGUUCGCGGGCUCGCACCUGCAGGAGCUGCAGCGCGCGUUCAAGAACCCGACGGCGCACCUGGGGCUGAUAUUCAGCGAGGCGGGGCGGCGCGCCGCCGGCGCCGUGGGGCUGGCGCGCGGGCCCGAGCUGGCGCCGCUCGUGGCGCCCGCGCUGCGGCCCGCCGCCGCCGAGCUGGGCCGCGCCGCGCUCCACUUCGGCCGCUGCGUCGAGGGCGCGCUGCUCAAGUACGGGCGCGGCAUCGUGGACGAGCAGUUCGUGCUCAACCGGCUCGCGGCCGCCGCCAUGGACGCGUACACGGCGGCCGUGGUGGUGGCGCGGGCGUCGCGCGCGGCGCGGCUGGCGCUGCCGGCGGCCGAGCACGAGCUGCGCCUGGCCGAGGCGUGGGCCGAGCGCGCGCUGGCGCGGGCGCCCGCGCUGCUGGCGGCCGCGCGCGACGCCGCGCCGCUGCGCCAGCACGCGCGCCUCGCGCGCCUCGGCGCCGACGUCGCCGCCGCCGCCGGCCAGCCCACGCGCAACCCGCUCGGCCUGUGACCACACCGCCCCGCCCCGCCCCGCUAUACUCCUCUAUUUUUGAUAUAGUAAAUAUUUAUUUAUAGUU